UGUGUGUGACGAUUUGGGCAAAAGAACAGCAACAUGAGAUGUUAGACAGGAAGGUGGAAGGGGGAGGAUGGUAAUGGGAAAGUAUUUGUGACCAUGUUUGGUAGAUGACCUUUGCACACAUUAGAUUAGGUGGAAAUGUUCUAUUUCAGACUAGAACGCAACUCCCCCUCGGAUGUGAGGGUGUGUGAGGAGGAGUAUAUAAGAGCAAGCUGACCAGCUCACUUCAUCAGUAUCGAGGAUAUCGGUCAUCAUCAUGUUUUCAUUUUUGUGACAGUUCUUGUGCUCAUUCAAGUCAUUGCUACUUCUGGUGGUCAAAGUGUGUCAGAUGAGAGAAAUCAGCAGACAUGUGUGCCUGCUGGUGUUCUGGGAGUACCUGGAUUACCCGGACGAGAUGGAAUGAAAGGAGGAAAAGGAAUGAAGGGAGAGAAAGGAUUAGUUGGAGAUGUCGGCAGUAAAGGUAAUGCUGGGAAGAUAGGUCCACAAGGAAUAAAAGGAGAAGAAGGUAGGAAAGGAGAAACAGGACAUAAAGGAGAGAAAGGAUUAGUUGGAGAUGCUGGUCCACAAGGAACAAAUGGAUACGAAGGAAGGAAAGGAAUAAAGGGAGAGAGAGGAUUAGUUGGAGAUGUCGGUGGUAAAGGUAAUGCUGGAGAAAGAGGUCCACAAGGUCCACAAGGUCCACGAGGGAUAAAAGGAGAAACAGGAAGGAAAGGAGAGAAAGGAGAAGCUAUGACACUCAACUGGAAACAGUGUGUGUGGAAUAGAAAUGAUAAGAAGGAGAGCGGUUUUAUUCAGAACUGUAAUUUUAGGAAACAUGACAGCAAUUCAGCUCUACAUGUUGCAUAUGCAGGAAAUCUCAGGGUUUACUGCUCCAGUGGUUAUUGCUGUUCUCGAUGGUAUUUUACAUUCAACGGUAACGAGUGCAGUGGACCUGUGACUAUUGAGGGAGUUGUGUAUGGUGCUCCAGCUAAUGAUGUUCCUAGCCGUCACAGACAGAUUGAGGGAUACUGUGAGAACAUUCCAGCAGGUCAAGUCACAAUUGGAUUCUACAUUGGAAAGUGUAAUGGACAGUCGACCUCUAAUGGCAAUACAGGAUGGAAUUCAGUAUCUCGCAUUAUGAUUGCAGAAGUUCCUCCAUCUCAAAAGUGACUGAAUUAGAGAGAAAUUAGAACUUGUGUUCAGUAUAGUUUGCAGUACGUACAGUACGAGGUAGCUGAAGUAGGAGGCUGGAUGAUGCUCGUGCAUGUCUCUCUUUGCUGUAUGUGAGUGUUUGUAUGAUUAAUUCAAUGUGUAGCUGCAACUAACAAUCGAUAUCAUCUCUCAAAG